ACACCCGACAAGUCCAAGGCUGUUGGCGACAGUUUGUUCGGGGAAGGAGACGAGGAGGACGACGAUUUCUUUGCCUCGUCUGCCAAGCCGAAAGACAGUAAAAAGCCAGCUGGGGGCGUGUCUCUGUUCGGAGGAGCCGAUGUGUUAGGGACAGCGGGCAAGAAGGAGGAAGUCAAACCGGCAAAGUCUGAGGCGACGCCAGCCGCCAAAAAGACGCGGGCCCUGUCCUUGUUUGACGACGAUGAGGACAACGAGGCCGACCUCUUCUCCAGCAAACCUUCCAAACCCCCGGCAGGGAAAGAGACGUCUAAACCAAAAUCGGGCGGUCUGUUUGACGACGGUGAUUUGUUUGGUGGGAGCCAAGAGGAGAACCCACAAGUAGAUUUGUUCAGCAAUAAAGGCCCGCUGGCUGCUCACAAAGCCAAAGAAGAACCCAGGAAAACCGCCACAGCCGCGCCGGCCCAGAAAUCCGCUCCGGCCGGCAAAGCCGCGUCGUCCGACCUGUUUGGUGGGGAUGGUGAUGAUGAUGAUGGUGACGACCUGUUCUCGUCUUCCUCGAGUUCAUCGACAGCUGUGAGGCCGGGUGCCACGCCGAUUGGUGGAGUGACGGAGACGGAAUCGACAGACGAUAUGGAGCCAAAGGCCGAGGCAGCAAAGGCCGAGGCAAAGAAGCCAAAAAAGCCGGCUGGAGCUGUGUCCAUGUUUGGCGCAGGCAUCGACCCGCUGGCCCUGCUGAAGAAGAAGAAGCCCCAGGUGGACUCGGACGCUGAGGACGAGAAAGAGGAGGAGAAGAAGAAGAAGGAGGAGGAAGAGGAGGAGAAAAAGGAGGAGAAGAAGAAGGAGCCUGAGAAGGAAGCGAAGAAAGCCCCGAGUGCCGCAAGCAAAGGUGCAGAUUUAUUUGGCGAGGAUGCGGAAGACGACGGGGGUCUUUUCUCUGCAGCAAAAUCUGGGGCUAAAGUGGAGGGGGUGACCACCUCAGAGUCUACAGACGCUCCGGAGCAGACUGAAGCAGAAGUGCCCGCCCCGAAAGCCGAGCCGGCAAAGCCCAAGAAACCGGCGGGAGCUGUGUCCAUGUUUGGCGGCAUGGACCCCUUCGCUCUGCUCAAGAAGAAGAAGCCAGUGGAUGAGGAAGAAGAGGAAGAGGAAGCUGGGAAGACGGAGAAAGCGACACCUCCGAAGACGCUGGCUAAAUCACCGGCCGCGAAUUCGUCGGUUCUGGAGGAUGACGACGGGGAUAGUCUCAAACCCAAACCUCCUGCAGAUCUGUUUGGUGAAGACGAGGAAGACGACGACUUGUUUGGCGCCAAGAAGCCCGCUGCCCCGCCCGCUCCGAAGGUGGAAUUGCCUUCUCCCACAGCUGAGGCUGAGCCAAAAGCCCCCGAGCCCAGCAAGCCGAAGAAACCGGCCGGCGCUGUGUCCAUGUUUGGCGGCAUUAACCCUUUCGCUGCCAUGCAGAAAAAAUCUGUGUCUGUUGAUGAGGAGGAAGAGAAGGAAGACAAGAAAGACAUAGAAGCCAGUUCGCCCGCGGAAGAACCGCCCAGCUUCGUUGACCCCCUGGAUGUGUUGUCCUCUCCCGUCUCUGCCGUUGCCCCCAAACCAAAAGCCACUUCCUCCCACGUGGUGGUCGUCAAGCCUAAGCCUAAGCCUAAGUCUCGUGGCGGCCUGGAGGAUAAAUCGCCCACCUUCAACCCGGCGGCCUUGUUGCCGGGGGCAACCCACCCGUCGCUGAGCAAGUCUCUGGAGAGAUCCGAGUCGGUGGACUUUGACCAACCGGCCGAGACCGAGACGCUGCAGAGUGCCAGCAAGGACCGAGUGAAAGUGAUCAGCCGCAGACGUCCACAGAGCCGCAAGGCGCGCCGCCUGGCCGCCACAAACUCGGGCAUCAGCUUCGACGAGCCGACUAGCCCAACCACGCCCACCAUCCCCGAACUCCCCGACCUCCCUGACCCGGCCGCCACCCCCCACAACACUCCCGCAACUAGCGAUGACGCCGAUUCCCGCGCGUCUGGGUCAGUACCGGCGUCGUCAGAGGUCAAGGCUGCUUCAAAGGUCGGCGGGGAAGACUCCUCGGAGAAAAAGACCAAAUCUGGGGAUUUGUUCGGAAAUGAUGAUUUGUUAGACGGGCCUUCAUUGACGAGCAAAACUUCCCUGAAGGGCGGUGGUGAGAAGGCGACCUCUAAACCCGACGACGAUUUAUUCGGGAAAGACUUAUUCGGCGGUAAAAAAUCCCAACCUUCAGCGGGGGCCGCCGAUCUUUUCUCCUCCGACUCCAGUGCUAGUAACAACGGAGCCUUAAACAACAACGACAACGACGACUUGUUUGGUUCGUCUCCCGCCCCGCCUGCCAGCAAGUCCAAAAGUGGUGCGGGAAAAACCGACGCGAGUGCGACAAAAGUGCCUACAGCGAAGAGCAAAACCGCUGCUGACAAUGACCACGAUAUAUUUUCUACGAGCUCUGGAAAGGGGAAGGCGAACGACGUGUCCAAAGUUCUGGACGAGGAUGAUUUGUUCGCUCCUCCCCCCGUGCCCUCCUCCUCCUCCGCAGCAAGCAAAAAGGGGGCUAACUCUAAUGUGUUUAGUGACGACGACGAUUUGUUUGGAUCGUCAUCCGUGAAGGCGCCGGCCGAAAAGGCGAAGGGGAAUUCCAAAUCGGCCGUUGAUAAGGACGAUGACAUAUUUGCUGACUCGAGUCUAACGGGAAAGAAAGAUACAAAAGCUAGUGCUGAGGACGAGAAGAAAAGCCGCCCGAAGAAAAGCGUGACCAAAGAGGCAAACCUCCUGUCGGACACGACGGAUAUAUUUAGCGACAUCCCCGCCGCCAAGCCAAAGGAAACCAAGAAGAAAACGAAGAAAGUGGUGGAGAAAAAGAGUGUGUUCAAGGAUGAUGUGGAUGAUAUUUUCGGAGACUCGUCAGCCGCCACGAUCAAAAGCAAAAAGGAGCCGAAGAAAAAGUCGACAGCGAAAGCAGCAGCAGCAGUUGACUCCGACAACAUCUUCGAUGACCCGCUGAGCUGAGGCUGGUCGGAGUGAGAAACUUUAUCUGCUGACGGAGCGGAGCUGAUUGGCUGAUGUCUUUGCUCACGCUGAGCUGAGGCUGGUCGGAGAAACUCUAUCUGCUGACGGAGCGGAACUGAUUGGCUGAUGUCUUUGCUCACCCGAACGUGACAGUUGUUGAUCCAAAUCUGUUUUGUAUUUUUGUGAUAAAAACGUACUUUGGCAAGCUAGGGCGACAAAAUCAGAGAUUUGACGACUGAUCUAUUUUUUAGCUAUGCGUAUGUUGUAUUGUGAUUGUGUAUGUGUAUAUGACACUGUAUCGGAAUAUCUGGGUCAUUUUCGCUUCGUUGUGCAAUGAUUGGAUUUUGAUUUUUUUUUUCCUCAAGAAAAUGCUCAGACUUAUUUUUGAAUGCAAGUGCAAGAAGGUAUUGGAAGAUAUUGCUGCUGCUGUGUUUUGCCUGCUGUGUUUGCGCUGGUUUUUGUUUGUUUUCGUGUCCUGGUUUGUAGAUACGCUCCUUUACGUUUUAUUUUUUUCCUCUUGUCAAAACAAUGAGCACAGUCAGUUUGGUAUUGGUUCUAUAUGUUCAGUAUUACGGAGAGUUGUAGUUAGUUUUACCUCGUUUGCAGCUCAGGUAGGUUAACAAAAAGUGCUGAAGGUUGAGGGAUGCUUCUAGAGAGUAACACGCUGAGAUGUUCAAAUCUUUCGUGAGGGUCAGUGUGGUGUUGGCUGUGUGUCCAGUGGUCAGUUUGGUGGUAGUUGGAGUUUUACAGCAAGUACAACAGAGAGGUUGUAGAAGUGCCGAAGACUAGAGCUGUGACUAGAGAGUAACACACAGAGAAAAGGGAGGAGAAAUGAUGCUGAUAGAUGUUGAUAGGUAAGAUCAGUAAGAAGGAGCAAACCGCACCAGAGCGCCUGCCAACCACCCAUUAUGUCCAAUGUAAAUGUAAGCGUUGUUUCCGUUUGUUCAAAGCUGUUCAAAUUCAGUAACUUGGGACACAUAAACGAGGUCAUGUGUGUUUGUUCGUCGCUGUCUUCUCUCUUCACCUUUCGUGUGUUUUAUUUUCUGCCUUGUUAAAGGAAUAAGUGAAUAAGAAAUACGGUGCAGCCUCUCUAUAACGACCUUCGACAUAACGGCAUCCUCUGUAUAGCGACAUGCUGCCCAGGUCCCAAUUUUUUCUUUAUAUAUCAUUAGUAAUAUUUUUGGUUGACUCUCUAUAAGGACAACUCUCUAUAACGACAUUUCUUACUUUACUGGUCGCGACGAUGUGGUUAUAGAGAGGCUGCACUGUACUGUAUUCUAUGGAAUGUGCUGUCAUUUUCCGAGCAGUGCACGACGAAAGCCUUUAAAGACUCCCAUGAAUUGUAUAUCAUUUCAGACUAUAAUUAAGUGCAGAACAAAUUUUUUGCAAAGUGCCCUUAACUUAUAUAAGAAAAUUAAAAUGGGCAAUUAAUUUUUUACUCAGAUUGAAUUGUUUAUUCCGAUAUUAUCUUGGUAAACGGGAGAAUAGUUCCCUCGUUUUUUGUGAACUACGUGUCAACCAGACAGCUCUUUGAUGACGUUUCACCUCUCAGAAGUCCAAGAACCCCCCGGGGCAGUGCCACUGACAGAAAUGUCUUUAGGCCAUUCCCAAAGGGGGGACAUUUCUCAUUCAGGC